AUGAGCGAGAGCAACCCAGACCUCCCGCGUUUCGCGGCUGAGUACGCAGAGAAAGAAAUCGAUUUAUUUGAUUUACUUGGUGUAGAUGCCCUCGCAUCAAAAAAGGACAUCCACCGUACCUGGAGAAAACGCACUCUCAAACUGCAUCCCGACCAGGCUAAAGAUAACUUCGAUGCCGAAAAAUGGGAGCUCUUUGAGCGGGCUCGUGACGUUUUGUCCGACGCCAACGCCCGUGCUAUCUAUGAGAGCUCCAUGAAGGCCAAGCUUCUCCGGAAGCAGGAGCGCGAUGCCAUGGACCAGGAGCGAAAGAAGUUCGCUGAUGAGCUGGAAGCGGCAGAGAACGCGCACCGCAUGAAGCAGCAGGCCCAGGACCAGCAAGAUCGCGAGACUCUUCAGAAAGAAAGGGAGAGGCUUGCGGAGGCGCAGCGUAUGCGUGAUGAAGAGCGGAAACGGCAGGCUGAGGCUGAGCAGACGAUGGAUGAUUUGGCUGAAGCGAAGAGGAGGAUCAAAGAGAGGAAAGAGGAGAGAGCAAGAAAGAAGCAAGCCAAAGAGUCCAUGAAGGCGUCUGGCCAGCCAAAGGGCCCGGCAAAUGGGGUUGUCCUUGUACCGGGCGAUUAUGUGGUUGAAACUGGGACGACCACAAAGCAGUACUGGGAGCUCGUCUGUGACAAACUUCGAGCUGUCCAGGCAGUGAAGAACAUCAACCAAGAAGAUGCGGGCUCAGAACAGUUCAGAAAGGCUGAGCUGCAGGUACAGGAGAUACGGCGGCAAAUUGCCGAGGCGGAGACGAAAUAUCGACAGGAAGCGACAGCUCCGAGGGCAGACGGGAGCAUUCAUGCUUCAAUCAACCUCCAGAUAGAUGACUUCUUCGUUCGAAAUGAAUUUGACCCUCAAACACGAAUCGCAUGCGACAGCUUUGCUGCUUCAGUCUCAUGUGGUCGGAAGUGCAUCCCGGCGCAACAUCAGGGCUAUUGUUCAUAUACCGUUUUCCUGCCAACUCGUCAUAUUCUCCAAUUCCGACCAGUCCAGUUCAAACUGGAUAUGCAAGUCUGCUGUGAGGCUAGAAAAAUAUAUGGCGCCCUGGUUCCAACAACCUCCUAUAUGGGGACUGUUAAUGCGCAAGCGCUGGGAGGGUCAACCAUUCGAGGAGCGCUACACGUAUACCUCCAAGACGUAAUCCCAGGAAUCAGUUUGGAAGCGUUGCGCCACAUGCCAUGCUUCUCACCUAAGCACCGAAGAAACCUUAUCGAGGACCUUGCCGAUAUAUUCGCAACUGGCUUCCAUCACGGGAAGCCCCCGAAACCAGCAACUAAUGGUAGCCAAAGUGUUUUCAGUAGAGGAAUGGUUGGUAGUUCAUUGGCUGAGCGCCUAUCUCUCCUACAAGCGCUCCAUGGGCCGGAGUCAAAGUAUGUGGAACAAGUCCAACAACAAGCUGAAGUGAUAGAAUCGAAAAUGCCCUGGUGUUUCACACAUGGAGACUUGGUGCCUGCAAACAUCAUGGUGAACCCUGACACUGGCCAUCUCACUGGCCUCAUUGACUGGGCAGAAGGUGAAUGGCUUCCUCUGGGCACGAGUUUGUACGGCCUUGAAGAGGUGCUCGGGCAGGUCUCAGCAGAUGGAAAGACUUUCGAGUACUAUGAAGAUCAUUUGUGUCUACGAGCGAGGUUCUGGAACAGAUUCGCAGUCCUCGCAGCCUCCUCUCCUCCUAUUUUCCAGCCCCGAAGUUUCAUGGAACAUGUACGGACGGGCCGCACCCUCGGCAUACUUUUGUGGCGGGGGAUUGCUUUUGAUGAUGGGAAAAUUGACCGUGUUGUAAGUGAAGAUAGGGACGAGCUCGAGAUAUUCAAAUUACGACUGUUUCUGGAAGCACCAACUCCUCCAGAGUUUAACUGGAGACACAGAGCCUGGCUAUCAUGCAUCUGGGUGCUGCGUUUCGUAUUCUAUCGGCCUCCUUCCGCUAAAAGCCUGGCCGUCGAGGACAAGGUCGCCAAGGACAAGAUCACCGAAGUUGAUAUCGAGUAUGGAGGUAAAUGUGUAGCUGAUUGA